AGUGUUUAACAAGGGAGAAAAGCGGAAUGGGAUAGGAAUAUUUUUGCUAGUUUCUUUUAAAAUUUGUAAGAAUUUUUCAGAAUGUCAAACCAAAAUUUAAUGGAAGUUGACAGUUCUGCAGCGGCUGUUAUGGCAUCUGCUGGCACAUCAGGAAGUGUGUCAAUAGCGCUUCAUCCUUUGGUAAUAAUGAACAUUUCCGAGCACUGGACAAGAGUGAAGGCACAGCAAGGGGAAGCGCAGCAAGUUGUUGGUGCCUUAAUUGGAAAGCAGAAAGGUCGAAAUAUUGAAGUUAUGAACUCCUUUGAACUUCUGUUUGAAAGGGUAGACAAUAACAUCAUCAUAAAUAUGGAAUAUUAUAACACAAAAGAAGAGCAGUUCAAACAAGUGUUCAGUGACAUGGAUUUUCUCGGCUGGUACACAACAGGUGAUGUGCCAAACGAGUCCGACAUCAAAGUUCAUCAGCAGAUUUGUCGAAUAAACGAAAGUCCUAUAUUUCUCAAACUGAAUCCGCUCUCCCGACAGUCAGAUUUACCUGUGGUUAUUUACGAGUCUGUGAUAGACCUGGUGAAUGGAGAUGCCACGAUGCUGUUUGUGGAACUCUCCUACACAUUAGCCACAGAGGAGGCGGAGAGGAUCGGUGUCGACCACGUGGCUCGGAUGUCGUCGUCAGAGACCGGUGAGAGUUCAGCAGAACAUUUGAUAUCUCAACACAGCUCCAUAAAGAUGCUGCACAGUCGAAUCAAACUUGUUCUGAGUUACAUUAAAGCUGUUCAAGCAGGUGAGGUUCCCAAGAAUCACGAUGUUUUACGAGAAGCUUUCAGUAUGUGCUACAGAUUGCCAGUUUUAGACACGUCAUGCUUUAAAGAGGAUUUUUAUAAUCAAUGUAACGACAUCUCUUUGAUGGCCUAUUUAGGAGCAAUGACGAAAGGUUCUAAUACAAUGAAUCAGUUUGUGAACAAGUUCAAUGUGCUGUACGACAGACAGGGCAUGGGACGAAGAAUGCGAGGAUUAUUUUUCUGAAUGUUAAAUAAAACAACUAUUAUCACUACUGACCCAAAAACGUCAUCAACAGGAUUUUAUAUUUUUAAAAAGAACAAUAUUAAUGGAAAAAUAUGUCAAAAAGCAUGACGUCAUAAACAAUAUUCAACACCUUGAGACUGUGACACAACGGUCACGUUGUUAAAGAUUCUCAUAAAUGGUACCAAGCAAUGAAUUUACCACGAUUCUGUGCUUUGUGUGAAGCACAAAUUAUACGAUAGAAUCCAAAAAUCAGUUAAUAUUUUUAUGAUUCUGUUGUAAUCCUAAAAGAAAAAGAAAAAAGAAAACCAGAAAUUCAGUGCCUAGGUACAAGGUACAUUCGUGAUUCAAAGAUGGUUAUGGGGAGUUGGGUGAGGAGCCUUCCUGGCAGUAUCAGUCACUAUUUUUAUGUGCGGUAUCUCCUCUAAUAAGCACCUAGGUGCUUAUUCAUUUCAAAAUGGUCGCAGACCUGGCGCUUAUUGGUGACCCAGCCUUUAUUUUUUCAAACAAAGUUUAGAAAUUAAAGCUAAAAACUACAAACUUCCAAUAUAAUUUAUUUUUAAACUUUAAUUUCGAACUGUAACAAAACUUUAAACUUUAACAAAACUGUGAACAAAUUUAUAUUAUUUGUCCACGUAAAGUGCCUAAAUUAUGCCAAGGAGUAAUCAAUUUUCGGUUGUUUUACCCGGCAUUUAUUGGAGGCCUGGUGCAUAUCAUAGGCCUGGCGUUUAUUGUCUUGCAGUGUUACAGACACUGCACUUAUUGGAGGCCCAGUGCUUAUUAGAGGAAAUACGGUAUAUCCAAUGGCAUAGUCCGGUAUGCUGGUAUGAUGGAAAAAACCUUAAUUUGGCCCGAUUUCUCUGGACUUACCCCCCUGGAGUUUUCUGGAAUUCCAGAUGUUAGGGCUGUCCCCAAACCUUUUUUCUAUCCUUAUUCUGUUAUUGGAUUCAGGCACAUAUUUAGGUCUGGGACCCCCACUAUUUAUUAUCAAGUAAGUCCGUCUUCUUCCAUGCAAGUUGAAGAAUCUUGUUAUCAAAGUCAUUAAAUGGUAUUGCAUUGAUUUUAAAUCAAUGUGCUCUAGUGGUGUUGUUAAACAAAACAAACUGUAACUUAUGCAUCGAUCUUAUGGCCACCAUGCCUGGGACUUGUUUUUGCUAUAAUAAACUACGGCAUCAACAUAUUGCUGUGAUUAUCUUGUUUUAGACGGUUUGUGAUCACUUCAGAGAACUGGUUGUUCAUCUGGUUUCUUCUUCAGUUGGUAACAAAAACAUAUGUAUCCAUGCCACACAGCAGGCCAAUGAGAAUUCAACAUUGGCGUAAAACAUAACAUGGAUUAUGCAAAGUCGGAUUGAGACAACCCAUUUAGUUUUGGCAUAACCUGUUGCACGAAACUAAGACUCGCAUGAGCAACACAUGAAGGAAACUAUGGUUCUCGCAAUGAUCAGUGGCCGGCACGGAAGAGAUUGUAAGAAUUCUACACUGCCUAGUGAUGCUUGUGCUAUGUUUUGACAAAAGCAUUAAAAACUAAAUGAUGCAUUAUUUCUGUCACAUAUGUCUUAUUUAUAGUAAAAUGAUUUCACAGAAA